AUGUCAACUGAAAACACCCCAUCUUCAGUGGAGUCUACUCCAACAGCAUCAUGGCUACAAAAUGAUCAAAAAGAUGACAGCAAAGGUAAUGAUAUAUCGGAGAAUAGUUUGAAACCUAAAUCAACUAGAAGAUCAGUGGCAUGUAAAAGUUGCCAUGCUUUGAAAGUGAAGUGUAUGCCGGCAGAUGAAAACAAUCCUGCUGGUCCUUGUAUCCGAUGCUUGAAGUCAAAAAGAAAAUGUGAGAUAGACCUCACACAGACGAGGAAGCGAAGGAAAAAGGCAGACAAUAAUGGAGAUGGAGUCACAACACCAAUAAAUGCUACCAAACAAGAAAAAAUGUUGUCAAAACUACAAGCUCAGAAUGAAGAAUUAAGAUCUCAGAUUCGAAACCUAAAUCACAAAUUGAUUCGACAGGAACAAAAUAAUAACAAUGGAUCAUCAGGUUCAGAAGAUAGAUACAUUUCUAAGAAUGACUUGGAAAGGGAAUUGAGUGUUUUUUGCCAAAGCAGUUCCUCUAAGCUUACUGAAAUGACUAAUUCAUUGAAGUACACUGCUGAAAGAAGAAGAGAAUUAUUAUCACGGAGUCAGAAUCCUGAUUUGAUAAGCAGUGGUAUGAUUACAAAAGAAGAAGCAGCUUCUAGAUUAAAGAUGUAUAGAGAAAUGAUAUACGCUGCAUAUCCACUUAUUGAUGUGCCUGAAUCCAUGACCGUUGAAGAUUUACAAGCACACCAACCAUUUUUGCUUAACGCAAUAAUUUCAAUCACAACUUCAAUCAGCACGGACAGUGAAAAUAUAGAUAGAGCGUUGGAAAUAGACAAUGAAGCCGUCAAGAGUAUAGUGACCGAAGUUCUUGUCGCAGGUUCGAAGUCAGAUGAACUAAUAAAAAGUUUGGUAUUGCUAUGCUUAUGGUACAAUACCCCGGAUCUUUUUAGACAUCGUCGUUAUCAUUUGUUAAACUCAAUUUCUGUUUCAUUGAUGCAUGAUUUGGGUAUUAUAGCCCGACCUUUUCAUAACUUCAAACAAGUCGCAGACACAGUCAAGCCUCUUGACGUACCUAAUCCCAAUAAAGUUGAGUAUAGGAAGAUAGUAAUGGUCUUAUACUUUACAACUGUCAGUGUUUGUUUAAUUUUAAGGCGAACAAUUUAUGUCAGGUGGACCCAAUUUGUUGAAGAAUGUUGCUCCGAGAUAGAAAAGAAUAACGACACAAAUUCCCAGAACCUCGCUCUUCUUUCAAGACUCAGUUAUCAACUCGAAAGAAUACAUCAUAUCGUACAUGCAGUCGACUCCUCAGAGAAGAGGAAAUCAACAUCAGAGUAUGUAAUAAGAGAGUUGCAGAGUAACUUGAGUGCGCUUAGAUCGAAGAUUCAUCCUGACGAUCAUGCUUUCUUGGCUUAUUACUUUUCUAUUGAAGCGUAUUUGCAUGAACCAGUUCUAAGUGAGAUAGUUGAAGAUACGUCAAGACUCCCCGAAAAUUCGGUUAGAUCAAUAUCAAACUGCACUACGUCAUGUUUAAAUGCCAUCGAUGAGUUCAACAAGAUGUCUCCCAAUGAUAUUGCCUUAAUGCCAUUGUUUUAUGCUUCUCGAAUAAUAUAUACAGCAGGGAUGCUUCUACGACUCAGAUAUUUGAUUUUGUCUCUACCCUCAUACAUAGAGAGAGAUUUGGUACCCCAAGAUGCUGUUACGUCAUUACAUAAACUAACAGCUUUAAUAGAAAAAGCUGCCAAUCUUCAUACUCUUAAUCAUUUCUUGAAGAAAAUUAGAUUGGUUUUACAUUUAUUUAUACAGACUUAUGCCACACAAGUGCAAGAAUUAAUCCAUAAGCAUGGAGAAACACCUCAAAAUUUUAAACCAACGAGAAGAGAGAUAUCUGAGAUGGACCAGCUAAACGAGCUAAUGUUAAAUAUCGAUAAGAAAGACCCGACGAACGCACUAGGAUCUAAUACUUCUGCAGCAGAAUCAAGAGGAGAUUUGAGUGGUGAAACUCCCAGAGCACAUGAUAUCUCCCAGCCACCUGAUGAGAGCUUUCAUAGAACUUCACUAAGUAUUCCUAAUAUGGUUUCCAAUCAAAUGCAACCUCCUCAAUUUAGAAGUGGCAUAUCACCUUCUUUUGUGAAUGGCGAUGGUCAAAGCUUCGAUAAUAAUAUGAAUGUCCUCAACCCUCCAUAUGAUAUCGCUAAUGCAGAUCAACUCGAAAAUUCAUUCCUUGCACUUAAUGAUGAAUUUUGGGUCAAUUUACUUAGCACAGAUAGUGAAAAGCUAAAUUUUUCGAAUAAUAACGAAGGCAAGACGGCUUCUGAAGAGGUUUUUUUCAUGAACAAUUAA